GUUGUUUUUGAUGACGUGAAAGUUCAGAGGUUACGCAGAGGUUGUGUUUUGUUUUUGCUCCAUUAGAAACUACAGGUGGACUAAAGGUACAAACUUCAGCCUGACACAGUGAUGUGAUGGCCUUUCUGACUCUUUUUGUGAGAAGACAGCUACCCCAGACCUUUUCUCACUUUGCCCGGGUGGUGAAGCUGAUCCGGCCGCCCUUCUGCGGAGCCUCCCUGCGGAAGCUGCACGGCCCCGUCCGGCUGCGGCAAAAGGAGAAGGGACAGUGGGGCAAGAACCGAGAUCCGGAGCCGCAACGGCACCAAUACACAGACCUGGAAAAGGCGGACGCGUUGUUGCUGAGGAAAUCAUAUGAAACAGGAUUUCUCUCAUGGCUCAAGAAUGGGCUGUUGGCAAAUGGGAUUGGAGUGGUGGCUUUUAACCAGAGUGAUGAUGGAAGACAAGCCGGAUGCGUCUUCCUUUUCCUGGGCUACAUUUGCAUGGUGACUGGCAGCGUGUCUUACAUCGGAAACCUCUUCGCCUUGCGGAAGAUGAUGAUGCUGUCACUGCCGACCCUGCUGCUUCAGGGUGCUUUGGUGCUCACCAUUGCCUUCUCCUGGGUGUGGGCGGUGUCUCUGUACACUACACAUGUAAUGGUGAUCAUCCCAGGCCUAGAGGAGUCCGACAAUUGCGAAGUGUGCAGCGAGAGGCGAGCCAUCCUGGAGAACAGUGGCUCCGACAACAGUGAGGACGAUGACGGCAAGAGCUCGGAGAAGAAGUGACUUUUGUUUGUCCACACCAGACCGCGAUGAAAGUUCUUAAAUGCCCUAUCUCUCUGUGUCGAGGUCACCUGCACCCAGACCUUAAGUGAGGUUCCACCUGGAAGUGGAUAAAAAAACCCACAAAUUUGUUUUUAAUUUUCCACCACACAAAUUGACAUUUCUCUUCAAUCCUGGGAAGUUUAUGAAAAUGUAUACCUUAUUUAUGCACACGGGUUGUAGUUUUAGCCAUGAGAUGCUAUGAAUUAGGUGAGUGCUGGUGAAGUCAUACUGUGAAAACCCACACAAAGACACACAUACAGGGACAAUAAAUCAAGUGAAACACAAACAAGGAAAGAACACAAAUCACUGGGAGGACAUUUAAACUCCACGAGGACGAACCUCAGUCUAAACAACAGGGAACAUCUUCAUCAGGGAACUUCUUUUCUGGUAAUCCCAACUGCACUAUUGGGAAAUCUCUUGUGUUCUUAAGUCUACGUUAGUCAUUAAAGAAAAGGUGCUUAAUCUGUCGCUGUACAGUUCCAUCAGUGAUUAAAAGUAUCUGACCAA